CCAACAACACAGCCACACAAAAAUGCUUCUUUUUAUCAAUUUUAUCAAAAACUAGAAAUUGAAAUAAAACAACGACGGCCAUUUUAAAAAAUAAUCAUGGCGACGGAACUUUUGUUUCUUUCUUUAUUUGCACUGUUUUUAAGGACUGAAGCAAGUUUUUUCGAAGUUCGAUACCCAAGUGUUGUGGUCUCCGCAGAAACUGGCGGGAAUCUGACAAUUGCGGCUGGCCCUAAUGGAGGAAAUAUCUACAUGACUCCUGGAGAUAGGGGCACGGUUUUCAUAGGCCGCACUGACAUGUUGAAAUUGUUUGAAGUUGUGAACAGUCAACCCCCUAUUUGGGGACAGAAAGCACCAUACGGACCUCUCGGAACUUUCUUGGGAGGAGAUGUGGUCUCAAUUCAAUUGAUGGCAAUAGAUCCUGAAGGAACUCACCUUCGUUUUGAGAAAGUAUCUGGAGCAUUUCCUCCAGGUGUGUAUUUAGACAAAGCUACGGGUGAACUGAACGGUACAGCCCCUGAUGUUGACGCAACCUACGAGUUUGGAAUACGUGUAAUUGAUGAACACGGAAAAUAUGCCGACCAAACUUUCACCAUUGACACACGAGAACGAGACCAGUGUAAAUCUAGCCCUUGCCUUAAUGGUGGUACUUGUACAGACGACUUUGGAACAUACAAGUGCCAGUGUACUACAAAAUAUGGCGGGAAAACCUGCAAUAUAGUAUGCGCCAGUCAGACAGUAGGUGUGGCUUUCAACGUAAAGAAAAUUCCGGACGCCCAGAUGGCAGGACAUUACUCGUACGGGAGUAGUGAUCAUAAAGCAUUUGAAGGAAGACUUGGAAGCUCAACUGGAUGGAUUGGAGAGGGUAAAAGCUCUUGGUUACAGGUUGACCUUGGAAACUUGAGAAAUGUGCAAGCCGUGUCGACCCAAGGCUACUCCACCACUUACACCCUUUCAACUUUUUAUUUGGACUGUAGUCUUGACGGGAAUAAAUUCACCAAUGUACAAACUGUAAACGGAACUGCAGAGCUUUUCAAUGGGAGCGGGAAACAGUACAGUACUACAGCAAAGCAAGUUUUCGCUGUACCACAGACGUGCCGGUACAUUAGGUUCAAACCCAACACCUGGACUGGAACCCAUCCUGGAUUUAGAGUGGAGAUAUUUGCAUGUGAACUAUAAACAUUUACAUGAGUCAAUAACACACAGUGAAUUUGAAAAAAAAAAUUGAAAUCCUAAUAUCGAUAUGAACAAAUGGGCUUUUACUUAAUAAACUAAAAAAAGGUAUCUUCUUUGUACAAUAUACUAUAUAACUAAAUAAAUUAUACA